UGACAUCAUAAGUGCAUUAGGCGGAAAGUUUUUUUUUAUGAGAUAGCAACACGUAUACAAUUUGAGGAAAGGGUGAUGCCAGCAGUUUUCUGUUUUAGUAAUAGUUCAUAGAUAUCAUUAGAUUCGUCAUAAUGUCUAGUUUCAUAAUACGGAGUAUAAUUUUGUUAUAAUUUUUACUACUGUAAGUCUGUAAUUAACAAUUAAAGAUACUAAUGGUCAAAGUUGCAUCUCGAAAAAUAUGUCGGUCGACGCAAAUUAAAGAACAUAUGGACAAAUGUAUCAACACUUUUUUUUUUUUUUUUUUUUUUUUUUUUUAAGAACAUCUACCAACUAUCCACCACCUAAUAUAUAUACAUAUGCACAAAUAUUUUAACACCCAAAAAUCCAACAAAAUAAAAACCAUGAACAAUCACAUAGCUAUAUUUGCCUUCCCAUUUGGCAGCCAUGGCACUCCUCUCCUAAACACAACAAGGCAAUUAGCAUCCUUAGCACCACAAAACAAGGUACAUUUCUCCUUCAUUAGCACACCCAACACAAUCACCUCUCUUUUUCCGAGCGGCUCGAAAACCGAUGCCGAUUACCCUAACAUUAAGGCCUAUGAAAUUUGGGAUGGUAAGCCUGAAGGCUACGUUUUUAGCGGAAAUCACUUGGACGAAAUCGACCUUUUCCUUAAGCACGCGGCGAGGCCGGGUGCAUUGACAAAGGUUUUGGAGGAAGCCGAGGACAAUAUCGGUGUUAAAGUGAGUUGCGUGAUGGGAGAUGCGUUCUUGUGGUUUUUAUGUGAUUUGGCUAAGGAAGUUGGUGUUCCUUGGGUGUCUUGUUGGGUUUCUGGAGAGCAUUCUCUUUCUGUUCAUGUUUACACUGAUGUUCUUAGGGAGAGGUUUGGCAUUCAAGGCGUCGAAGCAAGAGAAGACGAAACAUUGGAUUUUAUACCAGGACUAUCCAAGAUCAGGGUGAAAGACAUACCAGAUGGAAUUGCAACAGGAAAUCUUGAUUCAACAUUUGCUCAAAUGCUACAUAAAAUGAGUCAAGCUUUACCUAAUGCAAGUGCAGUUUGCAUUAGCUCUUGUGAAGAAUUGGACCCUGUUGUUACAAAUGAUUUAAAGUCUAAAUUCUCAAAAACUUUUUCAAUUGGUCCACUAAACUUAGUAAUUGCACCACAAAAAAUAGCAGACAAUUAUAACUGUUUAGGUUGGCUUGACAAACAAAAGCCUAAUUCUGUUGUUUAUGUGAGUUUUGGUUCUGCUGCUACACCAACACCAAAUGAGCUUUUUGCUCUGGCUCAGGCUCUUCAAGCUAGUGGGGUCAAGUUUUUAUGGUCUAUCAAGGAUCAUCUAAAGGUACAUUUUCCAAACGAUUUCCUAGAGAAAAGCAGAGAAAAUGGCAUGGUGGUCUCUUGGGUACCCCAAAUAGAAGUCCUGGCACAUGAUGCAAUAGGGGUGUUCAUCACCCACUUUGGUUACAAUUCCGUGACCGAGAGUAUAGCUGCAGAGGUUCCGAUGAUCGGGCGGCCCUUCUUUGGAGAUCAUAAGUUGAAUGGACGACUAGUAGAGGCCGUUUGGGAGGUUGGACUGCAAGUUGAAGGAGAGACUUUUACAAAGGAAGGAAUUUUGAAGAGUUUGGAUCGAAUUUUGUCGAGUGAUGAAGGAAAGAAAAUGAGGGCAAAUAUCAAAAGCCUUAAACACUUGGUUGGAAAAGCUGUUGCCCCUGAUGGGAGUUCCAACAAGAAUUUUAGGUUGCUUUUGGAACAUAUCACAAAAACAUAGUUGUAACUAUGAAACUAGUCGAGUAGAAGAACAAUUUUGCAUUGGUCACUUGUUAAAAUAGGUCAAAUUAGGCAAGUUAUGCUCUUAUUUAAAUUGAAGUGAGUGAAUAUGGUAAGAUGUUGCAUUCCUUGUUUCCUUCUAAAACAAGGGGCUAAGAUAUCUCAGAGUUGUAUUAAAAAUAGUUCAAACAAACUCAUGAAAUAAAAGACAUUUUUUUUUUAAUAUUUUUUAAUAUUUUUUUUUAUUAUGUAUACUUUUUAUUACUUUCAUCGAACUACAAGCUGAUAAUAACUUAGGCCCCGUUCUCUUCACCUUAAUUUU